AUGGCAAGGAAAGCAACAUCGAGCUAUGGGAUGAGAAAAAGUUUUGAGCCGAAACCUGUGAAGAAUAACAAGUCAGAAUCAAGUGAGGGCAAGAAGAUAUACACUGAAUAUCACCGUCAUCGAGCUUGCCCAAUUCAAGGGUGUAAAUCAGUGGUGAAGCGCUUAUCUAAUCAUAUACGUCAAGUUCAUCGGGACAUCCCAGUAGGGUCACCAUUUUACAAAAAGAUUUUGAGAGAAGCUCGCUCAGCCAAAACCUGGAAACCGUCUGAACAAGUUAAACGUUUUCUUACAGAAGAGGAAACAAAGAUAAAAAAAUGUUCUCUCGCCGAGUCAGAAGAUGAAGUGGAGGUGCAGACGAACAACACGGAACCUUCUGAAGAAGAGCAAGCCAUUAUGGAAUCGGCAGAAGAAGCUUAUUCUUCAAACGUAGAAGAUGAGAUAAAUGUAGUAUCCUCCUUCCGCAGCUGGUUGCAGUCAGCAGAUGGCGGUAGAAAGGAUAAGAAAUUAUCAAAGCAACAUGCCUCGCAAUUGUUCCGCAUAUUGCAGAUAAUUGAUCCUUCGCUGCAGUUUGAGUCGUUAUUCAACAAAACCUUUGUUCGCGACACUUUUUUGAAGCAAGCAGAAGCAAAGUAUACAGCCGAUACCGUCAAAGCCUAUCUCCUCAGUUUAAGGCAUUUCUGUUCGUACGUGGUUGCCGAGAAACCUGAAAGUGUGGCUGUUGAUCCUGCCCUUGUGCAACAAAUUCAAGAGAAAGCACGUCUUUGGUCCAUGUCGUAUAGGAAGGAUAGUAAACGGCGGUAUCUUGAGAAGAUGGACAACGACCUUAGCAAUUUAGUGACCCCUGAAAUGGUCAACGAAUAUGAACGCAGUGAGGCAGCACGGAGCGCUGUUGACCUUUUGGAACAACUAAGUGGAGCGCAUUCGUUACAAGUUAACCAGUCCAUGUACACUCUCGUCAGAGAUUUUAUUCUCCUUGAAAUCACUAUUGUCAAUGCACACCGUUCUGGUGUGUUGGCAAAUAUGACACUGGAAGAAUAUAAGGCAGCAAAGAGAGUGGAUGAUAGCAUGGUCAUAAGCGUCAAGGACCACAAAACGGAGGAUACUCACGGCCCGGCACGCGUGGUGUUGUCAUUAUCAUUGUUCUCGUAUUUAAGAUUGUACGUCAGUGAAAUGCGAAGCCAGAUGGAAGAUUCCACAAGUGAAGAGUAUGGAAGUAACAAAAGAAGUGUGUUCCUGUCUUGGAAUGGUUCUAAAUUAGAGUCCGGCCAGAUAUCCACUGCCAUUAACGCAGCGUGGAGGAAGGGAGGAAUGGAAGGGCACGUGACAUCAACUAUUUUUCGCAAGUCAGCAUUCACCAAAGUGCACACACGACAUAAAGGAAUGAAAUCAGAUCUGGCCGACCUCAUGGCGCAUAAAGAAGGGACAGCUGAGAGAUUUUACCGACUUAAAAAGAAAGAGAAAGCGUGCGUACAAGCGGCAAGCAGCCUUCCCACCAUUAUGAGAUCGGCUGAACCGAAAAAAGGCGUAGAAGAUACCCUACCAACCGCUACGACUUCUCACGAUGUCUAG